AUGGUUCAGUUCUACGACUCUAUCUCCGACGACCUCCGUGACUGGGCUCUACAGCAGCAGGUCUUCUUCAUCGCUUCAGCCCCAUUGACUGGCUCUCACAUUAACCUUUCACCCAAAGGCCUGCCCGCGAGCACUCUAACCGUCUUUGACCCGAAUCAUGUUGCCUAUAUUGACGCUACAGGAUCUGGCAUUGAGACCAUCAGCCAUGUCUACGAAAAUGGGCGGGCGACAAUCAUGUUCUGCUCUUUUGAUAAGAGUCCCCGGAUCAUGCGCUGGUUCUGCAAAGGGCGCGUGGUGGAGUACGAUGAUCCAGAGUUUGAAGGGUGGCUGAAGAAAAUGGGCAAGGAGAAGAUUGUGGGUACUCGAGCGGUGAUUCUAUUUGACGUCUGGAAAGUGCAAACAUCCUGCGGUUACGCUGUACCCCUUGUCUCCUCGAACAUCGACCCCGUGAAGAUUGAUGAGGGUCCGCGAGCGUACUUGGAAGACCGCAAGACGCUGGGACAUUGGGCUGGCAAGCAUGUCGAAGCAGGCACGCUGCAAGAUUACCACCAAAAAAUGAACGCAAGAUCGCAUGAUGGCUGCGGCGGACUCAAAGCAGCACGGAGAGCUCGUGGCGAGCAUAUGCUACUCGAAGAUUGCAUGAUCUGGAUGCGGCGGACGACGCAGCAGCGCGAGGCAAUGCUUGUGGGCGCAUUGCUUGCCAUUCUGACGAUGCUGGCACUCAGAUUCGUCGUAGAAGGGCUUGGACUCCGCCUACCCAGCAGCAUUCGAGGCCUGCAAUGA